UGGAAACCGGAGAAAGUACAAGGCAACAUCAUGAGAAGCGUAGCCCAGAAGCGGAAGAAAUGUGUCACCUUGUCCUCAAAGCUGCAAAGAAAGAUGGGAUGUUGUGUGUCCCCGGGCUGGAAGAUAGCCUCCGAGAAGAACAGUGUCACAACUGGAAGCAGAGCUCUGCCGGGUCAGAUGGAACAGGCGGUGUAGGACAAAGAAAACUGGCAGUGCCCUCUCUGUGUGACAGCGGUGUCGUAGGGAGCAACAGUGAGGAGGAUGAGUCCAACUGCGAUGAGUCCAGCUGCAGUGAGUCCAGCGAUGACGAGUUCGGACAACUUGACAUCGACCUGGAAAGGAAGUCAAAGCAGCACAACUUGACCUCAAGCAAUGUCCGUACCAUCCUUCAUGAGGUUCUCACUCAUGAAGAUGUGGUUGCAAUGAUGAAGGCUGCCAUUAAAGAUACCCAGGAUGAGCCUAUGUUUGAGCCCAAGAUGACCAGAGCGCGGCUGAAACAGGUAGUGCAGGAGGCAGAGUCAGUCUCCAUCUGUUAUCUUUCACCAUGCAAAGGACCAGUACCGAAGCUCCCUCAGUUUGUGGACAUCCUCUUGGAAGAUGAUGAGGACUCAUCUGAUGAAGAGUACUGCCCUGAUGAAGAUGAUGAAGAUGAGACAGCUGAGGAGACGUUUCUAAGCGAUGCAGACAGUAUAAGCUCAUCUCCCAGAGUUACCAGAAGUGCUCAACCUGUGACCCCCAAGCAGGAGUCUGAUAAGUGGAUAGACACACCCGUCAAGGAAGCUAGAUGUCCCAGACAUCUGAGGGUUGAUGCUGUCCCCAUGGGCCCCCCACCUCCAGCCUCCUCUUUUUCUAUUCCUCAGCAGCUCAGCUCCGACUCCUCUUUCCUUGAGAGGCUGCAAGCUGUGGACCAAGAGCUGGCUUUCAACCCAGACUGCAGCUCCUAUCAGCUGAAUGGAGGGAGUAGCAACAAUGAUGUAGAUGCAGGAGGUCUCGUGGCUUUCCGCACACGCUCCAAACGUCCGCUGCGUGACGUUCCUUUGGGCCAACUGGAGGCGGAGCUGCUGCCUCCUGACAUCACACCUGACAUGUACGAGUUUGGCCCUGCCCUCGUAGAGGAGGACCGCCAUUGGACCCAGUGGCUGCAGGGCCUGAUGGCCUCAGACAAUGAAGAGGAAGUAGAUGAUGAUGAUGAUCCAGAGUACCACUUUCCCGAAGAACUGGAUGAACCAGACCAGGAAGACUACAGGACAGGGCGAGCCACCCAUAUCACAAAAAAGGAGGCGAAUGAGUUACUGGAGGAGCUUUUUGAUACAUUCCAGGAGGAGCCCAAUGUGGAGGAGGCUGAGGAAGAGGAGAGGUCCUUACAGAGCAUACCCAAAUUCAACGUUCCACAAGCUCUACGUUUUGAAGCACCGCUAGCCAGUAUGCUAACUGAACGUCGACGUGCGGUGCGGGAACAGUAUGAGGCCCUGCAGCAGAGGAGAGCCCUGCAGGACACGCCUACUCAGAACCAUGAAAAACCCAGCCCAACCUGUGCUCCACCCUCUACCACUCCAGCUAUGGUGCCAGUUAGGCUCUGCCCCUCCCUCUUCCUGGACUCCGCACAAAAAGCCCAACUCCAGCAACAGGUGCAGCAGCAUGUUCAACUCUUGACCCAGGUCCACCUACUGACGCGCCGUGUCAAGGCUCUGCACUAUGAAGCCUGCCUCACUAAAAAGUACCUGGAAGAGCUGCAGCAGUUUGCACAGCAGGAGGAGGAGAGAGACAGCACCAGCAGCUUCAGAGCCGGUAACCUCCAGGGAGCCACGGAGCUUCUCCAGGAGCUCCAGGAGAGAGAGGACGCUCCCCGUACACCUCGCUCUCCGUCGCCUGUCUCAAGCAGCUGUUUUCUCCCCAGGAUGACUUCAGUGACCAGCAGUCGUGCAUACCCUCGGCUCCCAGCUGAAACCGCCUGGCUGUUGGCCACCAGGUCUGUCUUCCUCUAUGCAGAACUCCUCCCGAUUUGCAGUCUGGACCCUGAUCUGUAUCCCCAACGCCAUAGGACCAUCUUCACGAGUGGGGAAGACUGCCUUAUUGUUUUGGGCCUGAAACACUUCGAAGGUACUCUCUCCCCUCAUCAGCUCCUCAGCUCCUACCUCAUCCGUAAACGACACCAGCUCCUCCGUAAACGCAUCUCCGAGAUGUGUGGGCCCAAUGCUCCCACAGAUAAUGUCAUCAAGUUGUUUUUUCAGAAUCAAGUGCCGCCUGUGAUGCCUGUGGCCUGCAAAAGAGUUCUUCCAGGAGACGAGUGCCCUUCAGUGGAGAGGGAGACUGCUGCAAUGCCAAACUGGCUCAAGAAGAGUCAGCCAGUCAUCCAGAAGACCAAAUUGGCCUUCGGUAAAAACCCAGGCUACCCUUCCAGGCUUCCUACAAACUGUACGCUACAUCUUCAUCCCUCCCGCCCACCUACCAAAACAGUGCACAAUGCAAAAAUGGCACCGAUCAAACCCAGUCGCAUCUUUACUUUGGCCCAUACAUCAUGUCUGCCACGUCUAGCCAAAGCAACAGCAGACAAGCAGUUAGACAGACAGCAGCUCAGCUGCCUAGCCAAUGUGUCUGGAUCUAUUCCCUCACAAGGUGUCAUCUUAUUAGCCAAAACGCCUGUUACUCCAAUCCAAGCAGCCCUGCCAUUGAGUCAGGUACCAGCUCAUGGGACUGUGCCGUUUGCAGCAGUGGGUCCAGUCUCUGCUCACCCUGUGUGUGGUCAGGCUUCUCUCUCAACCACAGAGUUGAUGACCCAGUCCACACUUAUUAGAGCACCACAUGAUGGUCGUAGGAGGGUAAAAACACAUUUGAAGCGUAGUGUUCCCAGGCAGCUAAAAAAACCCAUUACAAGUCCUCUCCAUUCCACCUCAGUCAGGGUUACUGGAUCAGAGGCCAGAGUCCCCCUGCCAACCUCACCUGGCCUGCAGCUUAAUCCUCCCCCACUCUCAGACACCUCCCAGUCUCACACAGAGAAGCCAGUAUCUGAUAAACUAAGCUGUUCCACCAACAAGAACCCAGAAUACCUCCUGUUCCCUAUUACUGUCAGUGGCUCUGCCCAGAUGCUGUGGAUGCCAAAGACAUGCUUGGUACCAAGUGGAACAUUAGUACACAGCGGGUUUCAAAACUGGUCCACUGGCCCUGCUCCUGUUGCCCAGAAGCAGGAUGCUCUUUUUCAGCCCAACUCCUGUUUCACUUCCUCUGAAAACUCCACCCAUCCCCAGAAUGUUUCCUCCUCCAAUGGGAGGCCAAGCCUAGAGAAACAACUCUGUAGGGUGGUGGAGAUGCUGAAGGAAGAAAGAGAGGCCUCUGUAAACCCCUGUCUCAGUUUGGAAGACAAAGAGAGACACAAGUUAAGUGCAAAAAAGGAGGGGGUGAAAAAGAACAAAGGAGAGGAACUGAGGGAGCAGAACUACCAGUAUUCACUAGAAAGAGGCAGCAAAGAGGAUGAGUGUGAGGAAGGCGUGGUCACUUGUAAUGGUGGAGAGAAUAGUGAUGGAGAGGAGAGGGAGGGAGGCAGUGGUGAAGAUGGAGAAGAGGAGCAUGGUGGAGAGAGAGAGGGAGAUCAUGGAGGAGAGGAGACGGGGGAUGGAGAGGAGGAAGGAGAUAGAGAAGAUGCACAGAGUGGAGGUGAGAAGGAGGAUGAUGGAGACAAAGACGGAGAACAGGACCGACAAGGGGAGGAAGAUGAAGAAGAGGACUUUGAUGACCUGACUCAAGAUGAAGAUGAGGAGGAAGUGAUGUCAUCAGCCUCAGAGGAGUCAGUGCUCUCUGUUCCAGAGUUGCAGGAGACAAUGAAGCAGCUAACAUGGCUGGCCUCAGAGGGGAGGCUCUGUGGAGACGCAGACUCUGAAGAGGAGCACUCUCCCAUCUCCCCUGGUUCUCAAAACUCCCAGGAGGAAAACUCUGAAGAGGAGGAAGAGGGGCCUGCCAAAGGGGAGGAGUCAGAAUGUGGAGAGGAGAGGAGCACUAAGGUGACAGAGGAUGAAGUGCCAUCUGGGGAGGGGACUCCCAGAGGAGGUGGGAAAACUCCCAGACGAGGAAGAGGUCGAGCGAGGCCCCCCACCCGCCGUCGGCAGGAGCGGCACAGUAAAGAUGCGGCCAAGCUGCUGCUUCUGUAUGACGACCACAUCCUGGACAAUGACCCACACAGAGAGAGUAAAGACACAGCAUUCGCCCAGGCGUAUCUCAACAGGGUGAGAGAAGCACUGCGAGACGCCCCGGGGAAGGUGGAGGAGUUUCUGGCUCUGCUCCAUGAGUUUGAACUGGUCGGUGAGGGGCGGGAUGAAGUCCAGCUCUUCAGGAACCUACGCUGCAUUUUGGGAGACAGAGCUGACCUGCUGCGGGACUUUGCUGCCUUCCUCCACCCAGAACAGGCACUGGAGUGUGGCUUGUUUGAGGAGCAGCAGGCGUUUGAGCGGAGCCGUCGUUUCUUGAGACAGUUGGAGAUCAGCUUUGGGGACAACCCUUCCCACUACCAGAAGAUCAUCAAGGCUCUGCAAGGAGGGUCUGACCUCAAUGCUUCCAGCGUCCACGAGCUGAAAUCUCAGAUGGCCACCCUCCUGAAAGGCCACACUCAUUUACAAGGGGAAUUCUGGGUGUUCUUCGAUGAGCUCCGCCCACCUCCAGCACGCCCAGGACAAUUUGAAGAGGCUCAUUGGCCAGAGGAGGGAGGAGGUGGAUCUGAUACCAUCGAGGCUAUUAGCUCAAGGUCGGGGGGUGGGGCAAACUGUGGUUUUGAAGAAGUCACACUCCCCGAACUUGAGGAAGAAGAAGAGGGGCAGAAAAUCCCACCAAUGGCUGGCCGACGUCGGAGGAAGAUUGGUUCCCAUGGCAAUUAUAAAGAAUGUGAUUGGUCGGAUAAGGACUGGCCUUGCCUCUGCCAGGUGCCAGGCCACGAUGCAAAGCUUCGCAGACACAAGAGGAAAGGCUGCACUCGCUGCCAAGGGAACAAGAACUCAGAAGGAGUCUCCAGAGCUUUGAAAAACCUGGAUCCGCUAUACACCCUGUCUGCAGAACAGCAGGCAGAGGCCGGCCCACAGAACGCAGUAGAGAAGGACGGAGAGUUGGAUUCCGAACUGAAAGAUGAAGAUGACAGCAGGGUCAGCAGUCCACUGCCAGAACAAGGCAUUACAUCAUGGGAAGGUACUGAUGGAAAAGAGGUGGAAGAUGAUGAACUGGAGGAUGAAGAAGAUGAGGAUGAGGACGAGAGAAAGAACAGCGACAGCGAGUACAGCCCUGUGCCAAAGAGGAGCAGGGUAGAAGAAGAGAGGUCUGGCUCAUCAGAAUCCUCCUGCAGCGCCUUCUGUGGAGCGCCCAUCCCUUCCUUUGACCCCCCUGUCUGUGCAAAGAACAUAUCCCUGACAGCCAGUGGAGAGAAGGUCAUCCUCUGGACCAGGGAAGCAGACCGUGUCAUUUUAACAACCUGCCAGCAGGAAGGAGCCAAUCAGAGCACCUUCCAGGCUAUCUCCGCCCAGCUCGGCAAUAAGACUUCUAAUGAGGUGUCCCGGAGGUUUCGGGACUUGAUGCGUCUCUUUCGCACAGCUGCCCGUCAAACCAACUCUGAGGAUGAAGCUCCACCCACUGAGUCAACUGCUGCCAUCGAGGAGGAGGAGGAGCAGCAGGACUGAUGAACCAAUCAAAUGAGAGGUUCAUCUUUUCCCCCACCAAUACAUUCACAGUCUGAUUUGUAAUUACAGCACGCCAGCUGAUAUUUGUCGAUCUCCAGUCUUUAGAUGUAAUGUGUGUAUAGUUGACAGACUUCUGUGAGAUAGGUACAAGCUCUUAAUGAAAAUAAUUAAUAUACUGGUUCCUCUCCAGUUUUAAGUGUGAGUGGACAAUUAAUAUUUUUUUCUGUAUAGAUGGACAUACAUAAAAACACAAAGUUUAAGCCUGCAUUUUGUAAAUAUCUGGCAAUAAAUUUUGAGGCAGU